AUGUUGGUUUGGCAAAACGGCCUGCCACCAAGUGAGAGAGUUUCGGUUCCUGAGAAAAACGCGCAUGUGGGUUUUCAGCCACCACCCUCAGGGUCUCCACCCCCCAGCGCGAAUUUGCCCUCUGACGUUGUCGCAGUCCCUGUUGAUCGUCGACUGAAAAUGGUGGCGCUGCGCUGUGUUCCUGGCUCUAGCGUUGCAGUGUUUGUUACUCAUCUUAGCAAAGUCGGCACCAUGUUACGAUAUCUGCUACCUGCUGCUCUGCAUGUGCUGGCUGCUGUCCCAUGUCCAACCGCCCAGAUCAAGGGCCACUCCGGCCGGCCCGGCGAUCACUAG